UGCGCACCGUAGGGCCGUCCGGUGUACCUUCCAGCGCCUGCCAGUUGGAGGGGGCGCGCCUCUCAGCGCUGUGUCCGCAGGUCUUCGUCCGUCCUUACCCACCUUAUCCUGCCCCAGGUCGCCGAGAGCAACCUCUCGCCGCGACCCCUCCUUUGAGGCCCAGGCCAGAGGUAGAGGCGACCCGGCUGGCCCUCGCCCUCCGCGUCCGUGGAGCCCGCCGCCCGGCGGGACGAUGCUGGAGUCCAUUCGCGUGACGGAAAAGCUUCACUGGCCUGAGCAAGAACUUGCUAAGAAGUCUAUUCUAAAUGCAGAAGAGUCAUUGAUCAUUGACAGCAGAAGAGGCAUUUCACACUUAUCUCCUGGAGUACUAAAGGACAUUUUCACGACUGGAACCAGUAGUUACAAUGUCCUACUACAGAGCAAAGAGGAGAAAAAGCAUCAUUCACAAAAACAGUCUUCCUCUACCUACUCCAAACGAUGUAGAAAACCCAGCAAAUCUCCUAGCUCUUCUCGAAGUAAAGAUCUUUGCAAGAUGAAAGCCCCAGUGCCUGAGAUGAGCAGUGGUACUUGGUACUGCCUAGAAAGGCAGCCUGCUGUUAUUUUCACUGGUUCAGUGUCGGGUCCUGUGAAGUUUACACAUGAUAUCUCUGUUACAGGGAACAGCAUAGUACUGCCCCCUAAACUCAAAAACAAGGUCAAGCGGUGCCAUUUCUCCACUCUUCCAAAGCCAAAGCCACAGCCUCAGCUGUCUAGAAGUUUUGAAAAAGGAGAUGACUUUUCUGGAAAGAAAUUUUGUAUACUGACUGCUAUAAAGCCCACCAACUUGGAGAAAGAAAAACUUAGAUUCUUCAAGUCUGACUAUACCUACAAUCCUCAGUUUGAAUAUGCUAAUCCUUCUCUGCCAAGUGUACUAGCCAAGCACAGCAACGCAUCUGACCGAUUUCUUAAGCAGUCCAUCAAUAUUAUGGAACUGACUUUACAGAAAUAUGGAAGUUAUGAAAAAUUUGAACAGGCCACUGGUGGUAGCCUGCUAUCUAAAACUCGAAUCUGGAGCCAUGUUAGGAAGUACAUGAUGAAAGAAGGCUGCAUGGGUGAGAUUGUAGUUCAUCUCUCUGAGGACCUGCUUUCCCGGGCUUCAAUGACAGUAGUAAAUGGAUGUCCCACGCUCACCAUCAAUGUUUCCACUGCACGGGAGCAUUGGCUGGAGGGAAUGCUGAGGCAUGAAAUCGGCACACAUUAUUUUCGAGGUAUUAACAACCUUCAGCAGCCAUGGAACAGUUGGACUGGUCGUAAAAAACAUGAGCUAAAGCCAAACAAUCCCACGGAGGAGGGACUGGCAAGUAUUCACAGUGUCCUGUUCAGAAAAGACCCCUUUUUAUGGAGGGCUGCCCUCCUCUACUACACUGUUUAUCGAGCCAGCCAAAUGUCUUUCUGCGAACUCUUUAAAGAUAUCGGAAAGUUUGUCAAGGACCCCAAUACAAGAUGGGAUUAUUGUGUACGAGCCAAGAGAGGAUGGACCGAUACUUCCCAACCAGGGUGUUUCAGUAAAGACCAGGUGUACUUGGAUGGCAUCCUGCAAAUCCUCCGAUACAGAGAGACCAUUGACUUUCAUCUACUGACUGCCCUGGGGAAGGUCUCUUAUGAAGAUGUGGAUCGUUUAAAAGGAUUGGCAGUAAUUGAAAACAUGAGGGUCCCUCACUUUCUGCAGGACCAUGACCGAUACAUGGAACACUUAGAGAAGAUCAUGGAAGUGAAUGAACUGACUGACAGGGAACUGAAAGAUCUUAUAUAUUAACUAGCAUUCUUGCAAACAUAGCUAUGCUAUACCUCUUAUAUAUUACCCAUUAGGUGCAGUUAGCACGAGCAGAUUUAUAAAAGGAGAAUGGCUGUUUACAUGCGUUUUCUGAAGAAUGAUCUGCAGUUUUCAGCUGAAUUUUUAGCUUAAGUACAAACCUUAAAACUGUUUCCCUAAAAUGUUUCUAUAGCCUGCAAGGGAAAGUUACUCCAAUUUUCAUCUGACGAAAAUAGAUGAAAUACUUUGAAUGUUUUUGAAGAAUCUUGGUCAAAUUGAGUGAUAAACUUCUGCCUAAGCACCAAGAUCCACUCUGACUAGAGACUGAAUUCCAAGGUUGUUCACACUCCAAAGUUAUAUUUUAUUUGAUAAAUAAUGAUAAUUAUUCUCCUUUGAAAAAUCAGUUUUGUUAUGCCUCCAAUAAGUGAGCUAUAUCUAAGAUUUCUUAUUUCUCUUAUAUGUUAAGUAAAAUAUAUGUUAAAGGGAGGAGAAAAGCAAUUUGAAAAGUUUUCAUUAGUUCUUUGUUUUACACAUUUUUGUUUCAUCUUAUCAAUUUAUAGGAACUAAGUUAGAGAAUUACCUCAUUUUGUCCAGUUAUUCUUUAACUAAACUCUGUUUUCAUUUGCUGAAACAUAUUGUACUUCUUCAAAAUUUUAACCAAGUUUUGGAGUCUUUUCCUCUCCAUUCCUUUAUAUAAAUGAUAACUACAAGUUUCAGAGAGGUUGGCCUACAUAGAUUAAAAUAUCUAGGGAAGAGAGAAGCUACUCACCUUUAAUUAAGUGGCACAGUGAACAAGGAACAAAUAGACUGAUCUAGUUUAUGUGGGAGCUGGAGGUUGACUGGGUAGCAUUUACAAUAAACUUGACCCUGCUCUGAAAAAUGGAAUUUCUUGGCAUUGCCAUUUGAUAAACUGGCCUUGUGAUAUUGGCUCAGUGUAUUUUAUCAAAAUCUUUGAUUUCAUCAACCCAGUAAUGACAUUUGAAUUUCAAAAAUGAGAGUUCUGUUUUGCUACAUUUCUCCUGCAAAAAACUUACUCACCUAGCUUUGUAAUUUAUCAAUUUCAGUAUAUGCUUGGACAUAUAUACUUGGGAUCAAAUAAUUCUUUAAACAACUUAUUUUAAUGAUCAGAAAGAAUACUGAUGUAAACACCACAUUCAAAAUAAUUUCUACCCAAAGCUAUCUAAGAGUUUAUCUUUACCUCGAUUCCGGCUUAAAUAUGGUGCUAACACUAGUAGAUAUAUACUGCAAAUCCUGGUCCACAUUUAUGCUAGGAAAUGAUUUUAGGAAAUCUUUUGCAGGCUAGGUUUUGUGAUUUUUCUCUUUCACAUAUCUAGAAGGGCUUGCCUCAAAGAAGAAUGUUGCAGCAAGCAAGAUGGACUCUAACUGGUGCCUGGCCGUUCUUGCAGAGCCAUGCAUCCUGCCUGUGACAGUAGCAGGCCAGGCCCUUUGGAGCAUUGAAGGCACCCACACAUGUGCCAUGCUGGCUGGAGUGUGGCCUGCACAUCUCUGUGCAGGCCUGGGGCGUAGUCCUCCAGCACUAACCGGAUACCAGAAAACCACUCUUGACCCCGCAAGCAUUAUUUCUUUGUAGCAGAGUCAUCCAGUUUCAGCUUUGUGUAGUGUUUUCUGAUUUCAUCUUCAAACUUAUCAAAGGUGAUUGUGAAAACAGUGUCUUAUUAACUGAAAUUGAAGUAUAGGCAGAAAUGGCAAUAUUUAUGUCCUGUGAUUUAAGCCCAAAUGCUUAUAAAUUCAUUUGUGGACAAUAACACUGCUAAUCGUACGUUAUGGUUUAAAUACAAAGGAAAAUCACAGUGGCCUUAAUUUCUUAUUGUUAGGAUUAUUUGCAUUGGUUCUAGUUCCUGAAUUUUAAAAUGGAUAGAUAUUCUCUCUUUAUCUGAUUUGAAAAAGGAAAUAUUUCUUGCCUUACUGCUUUGGUAUAAAGACAAAAAAGCAUGAGCACUAUUCUUAAGUCACAUUGAUUGUCUUUAAGAUAUUGUAAAACUUAGCAGUGAACCAAAAAUAGUUUCAGAUUAGCAGAAAUGCUAAAGAGCUCUAAGCUUUAAAAGUUGGGGUUGAAGAUUUAAUUAAUGUUUAUUCUCUUUCCUGAAAUAGCGUUAAAGUCAGUUUUGUUCCCUAAAAUAAAAGCUUUAAUAAUUAGAAAAUUAUAAAAGCAGUACUUAGGAGAAUAGUUAAGGAUUGUAUUAAUUUUAAGUAUAACAGUUCUUUGCCAUAGGCUAUUGAUGAUUAGGAUUUCAUCAGUUUUAUUCACUGUAAUUCUAAUAUACAGCUGUAUCAAUUACAGAUUCUGAUAAACUGUUAGGUUUUCAUACCAGAUGAGAGUCACAGUAAAAUUGUCUGCAAACAUAAAUCCAUAGUCUUCAUUUCUGUAUGUUUUCACCUUUUUAAAAGUAUUUAAAGUUUGUAUUGUUUGUUUUGUAUAUCUUUGGGUAUUUUGUGUCUAGCCAUAAUAGAAAUAAAUAGCACUGAGGCUCUCAAGUGAAGUAUGUGGAUAUAUGUGCAUGCAAACUUCUGUUUUUUGAAAAUCUAAUUAUAUUUUUAUUGUGGUAUUUCUGGCUUUUUAUUGUGUGGUAAUUAUUGAAAGGAUCUUCGAUCAUGUUUGUCUUCUAGUGUCCUUGUUUAUAGAGAAAUAUUACAUUUGUCACAGUCCAGCUUUCCUCUAAUUAGUUCAGGUUAUACUCUCAUGGGGUGUAGGGAGAAGGGAAAUGGAGAGAGGGAUAAGUUUGUCUUAAUUUACUACCCUGUUCAUUGAGUAAACUUGUAUGCAGCACCUAUCGAGGAGCAGGAUCUGUGCUGAGUGCCAGAGACCUCUGAUGAGGAAGACAAGAACUCUUCAUAGUCCACUGAGGAAGAGGGCACAGAACCAGGUUACAGCAUGGCUGCUCCCAUAUCCAAAAAGUGCUACCAAAAGAACGUAAACUGUAGUAAGUGGGCCUGCUCAUGUAUUUGAAGCACAGAGAGAAAGAUCACUUGCAAAGUGGUGAGUGUUCACAGUAUUUUAUUACUGCUAUUUGCCAGGCUUGUUUUUGGAACCUGAGAAACUUUAGCCCAGGGGAAGGACCAUGAAUACGGCUGCUUGGGUCAUCAGAGGCCUGGAGAUCUCGCUCCCUUGGGACCUGGACCUCCCGCAGGUACCCAAAGGAGCCAAUGCUUUAUCCUUAAGCAUCUUGGUCUUUGAAUUCAAACCUUUACUGCAUUUGUGAAAGCCUUGUCAGCUGGCUAUGAUCUAUUUUUUUCACUCUGAUUCCAAUAGCUAAAGGAGUUAAUGUCAUAUGAAAUAAUAUGAAAUAGCAGUGUUUGUCAGGUAGCUAUGGAAGAACUUUAGGAAAACGUGGACUUUCAAGUACACAGAGGGAGGACCAUGUGAAGAGGAAGCAAGAUGGCAGCCAUCUACAAUCCAAGGAGAGAGGCCUGGUACAGAUCCUUCCUUUAUAUCCCUCAGGAGAAACCAAACCUGCCAACACCUUGAUGUUGACCUUCUACCCUUCAGAAUUAAAAGGAAUUGCACCUAGGGAAAGAGGGAAAAGCAAAAACAGCAGUUUGACCACUGAGAAGAGACUACUGAAAAUUCAUUUCUUCUCAGCCAUCCAGCUAUCGUCACUAAAGACAACCAACUUCAGAACUGAUGUCAGCAACAUGGCUAAAUAAGAUGUCCCUCAUUUGUGCUUCCCCCCACCCCAACAACAACAACAACAAUUUAGUGUCCAUCCACAGACAGAAAUGCCUUUGUGGGAGCUUUGGGGUCCAGCACCCUCCUCCAAGUGACCCAGGAGGAAUUUUGCCCACCCAUGCAUUGGGUAAGAGGCAUACAAGCUUAGGUUGGACCCUGUAGUGUUCCACAAACCAGCUCCAGCCCCUGUCAGCUGUAGCCUGGAACCCCCUGGAAAACACUAUCUUAGACAAUCACCCAUGAACAAGAGAGCCUUUAAGGAAGUCUAGGUCCAGUGGAGAAGUUCAGCACACCGUUGGAGCAAGAAAGUAUUGAGUUUAGACGCAUUGAAGAGGAACUGUUUGACUUUACCCUCAUCACCCCUCCCCCAAGGCAGCUCAUCUCAGGGCCGAAAGAGAGGUUCUCAGCUUGUGAUUUCUCCUCUGGGGGAAAGUGAGAGUGAGUGAGUGAAGCCCAGCUUCACCAGCUGUUCAGGAUGCUGCCAAAGAGGCCUAUUUCUCUCUAGGCCUAUCUAGAGUACUGAAUCAUGAGCUGCAUGACAAGGGGGCAGGAAGAAUCUGGGAGAGCAGCAGAUAGACUUGGAGGGCAUUAAAGGGACACAGAGCCUACGAACUGCAUCACAGUCUCCAUUAAGAAGCUGGCCCGUGAGCCAUUGGGGACGCCUUACCCAUGCAUCUCCCUGACCCUGACUGGCCCACAGAAGCCCCAGUGCUCCAUGUGCCUCAUCCACACACCCUCUCACCCAGAGGCUGGCUCCCUGUGUGUGUUCCCUACAGCAUCGAGAACAAGCUUUGGCUGAUGGCUAGGGAGCACAAGCAAAGUGCCAGCCCAAAUCUGUAGGCCAGGAGAGAACACAAACUUAAGCUUUAGCUCCACCCUUUGGAAAGCAAAAGGAGAGCUGUCAGCACCCAGCCUUGUGCAUUGCAGAAUUAAGAGAAGGCAUACAAGCUUAAGAAUUCUGCCACAAGAGGGAGCAAGAAGUGUGGAGCAGGCAUAUCCAUAGAUGGUCUGAGAAAACCUCAGAAUCUCUAGCAGGGCUGACCAAAGGUAUUUCUCUUCCAAGGUCAGUAAAGACCGGAGGAGGUGACUGCUUCUUCAGAUACAAAGACAACAAUGCAAAACUUCAAGGAACGUGAGUCAAGGAAACAUGACAGCACCAAAGGGUUACAAUAAUCUUCCAGUAACUGAUCCCAAAGACAUGGAGAUCUGUGAUUUACCCAAUAAAGAAUUCAAAGUAGCCAUUUAAGGAAGCUCAGUGAGCUACAAGAAUACACAGAGACAAUUCAACGAAAUCAGAAAAAUAAUACAUGAACAAAAUAAGCAGUUUAACAAAGAGAAAUCAUUAAAAAGGACCAAACAGAUUCUGGAGUAGAAGAAUGCAAUGAAUGAAAUGAAAAAUACAAUAGCAUCAACAGCAGACAUCAGAAUGGAUUAAGCAGAAGAAAGAAUCUGUGAAUUAGAAGAUAGGAGCUUUGAAAUUGUCCAGUCAGAGGAGAAAAAAGAAUGAAAAAGAGUUAGGAAAGCCUACAUGAUCUAUGGGAUACCAUCAAAAGAAACAAAUUGCAAAUUAUUGGAGUCCCAGAAGGAGAAGAGAAGGAGAAGGGAGUAGAAAGGUUAUUUAAGAAAUAAUGGCUUAGAGCUUCCCAAAUAUGAGGAGAAAUUUGGAUAUCCAAGUUCAUGAAGUUCAAAGGUCACCAAACAAACUCAAAGAGAUCUUCUCCAAGACACAUUAUAAUAAAACUAUCAAAAGUCCAAGACAGAGAAUCUCAAAAGCAGCAAGAGAAAAGCUGGUAAUGUACAAGGGAACCCCCAUACUGUUACCAGCAGAU